GAGCACAGCUGUGGCACAGCCUGGAGGAGGCCGGCCUCCUGGAUCCUCCCUCAGGCUUCGUCAGAGGCAGGGGACAUGCACCCCGAGGGCCUCUGCUUGGCCUGACCCUGCUGCAGGGACGCUCUGUCCCCAGUCCUUGCGGAGAUGGCUAGUUCGUGGAGGUCCUGCUUGCCCGGCUGCCUCCCCUCCCUGGUCCUCCUCCUCCAGCUGUCCUGCAGCUCCGCAGGUCAGUUCAGGGUCAUAGGACCGGGCCACCCCAUCCGGGCGCUGGUGGGCGAUGAGGCCGAGCUGCCGUGUCGCAUCUACCCUGGGAAGAACGCCACAGGCAUGGAGGUGGGCUGGUACCGGCCCCCCUUCUCCAGGGUGGUCCAUCUCUACCGAAACGGCAAGGACCAGGAUGCAGAGCAGGCGCCCGAAUACCGGGGCCGGACCGAACUGCUGAAAGAAGCCAUGGGCGAGGGGAAGGUGACCCUCAGGAUCCGCAACGUGCGGUUCUCCGACGAAGGAGGGUUCACCUGCUUCUUCCGAGAUCAUUCCUACCAGGAGGAGGCGGCCAUGGAACUGAGAGUGGAAGACCCCUUCUACUGGAUCAACCCCGGCGUGCUGGUCCUCCUCGCCGUGCUCCCGGUGCUGCUGCUGCAGAUCGCCGCGGGCCUCGUCUACCUCUGCCUGCAGCACAGACUGAGAGGAAAGCUCCGCGCGGAAAUCGAGAACCUGCACCGGACGUUUGACCCCCACUUCCUGAGGGUGCCCUGCUGGAAGAUAACCCUGUUUGUGCUGGUGCCAGUGCUCGGACCCCUGCUGGCCUUGGUCAUCUGCUACAACUGGCUGCACCGGAGACUUGCAGUUUCUUGAGGAGCUAAGAAACCCCUUCUGAGCGAUGCCGCAUCCUGGCCAGCCUGGAGGGCAGCCUGGUGGCCCUCGCAUGGGCUCCCGGGGUGUGGCCUCCACCCGCCGCACACUCACUGGC